UGGGCAUCAUUCGAUUUUCUGAUUUUGCAACGAAGACGUCGCUUGGCACCCGCCUUCGACAUCGAACAGCGACCAAAUCCGCUCCAGCUUCAGCUCCCGGGCCAAGUGGAUAAAUCAUUUUCCUCAACCGAAACCGGUAAUAAUUUCCGACUUCGUUUCGCGUUUCUGUGCCUCUGUGUUUGUGUGCGGGAAAACUCGGAAAAUCCGCAGCAGAAAUGCGCUGUCUCCUGCCUCUGCUGGCCGCGCUGCUCGUCGCAGCGGGCGUCCACGCGGAUGUCUCCCACCUGGACACGGAUCUGCAAGAGGAUGGCUACCACUACAAGCAGCCAUCGGUGCCCUUCCCGCAGCCUGGCAGCGGCAAUGACAUCGAUGAUUCGGGCAUAGGACCGGGUCCAGCUCCCUCGGCGCCAGGUCCCUCGUACGGACCGCCACAGACGCAGCCACCGCCGCGUCCUCAGCCACCACCGCGCCCGCAGCCCACGCAGCCAGCUCCCUCCUAUGGUCCACCACAGCCGCAGCCCACGCAGCCAGCUCCGUCUUACGGUCCGCCACAAACGCUGCCCCCUGCACCGCGCCCGCAGCCCACGCAGCCAGCGCCUUCCUAUGGCCCACCGCAGAAGCAGCCUCCGCCACGCCCUCAGCCGCAGCCCACACAGCCUGCGCCCUCGUAUGGACCACCACAAACGCUGCCACCUGCACCACCACGUCCCCAGCCCACGCAGCCAGCUCCGUCUUACGGUCCACCCCAGACACAGCCCCCGCCGCCGCGCCCACAGCCGCCAUCCCCACAGCCUGGUCCGGAGUACCUGCCGCCCGAUCAGCCCAAGCCACGUCCCACACCACCGCGUCCACAGCCACCACCACCACCACCAAGGCCGCAGCCGCAGCCUCAACCUAGUCCCGGAUAUGGACCUCCUCCAAGGCCACAGCCUCAACCUCAGCCUCAGCCGCAGCCACAACCCACUCCUGGAUACGGGCCGCCCAAGCCGCAGCCCUCUCCCGGCUACGGGCCACCACAAACGCAGCCGCCACGCCCACAGCCACCACGCCCACAGCCUCCUCAGCCACAGCCGGGAGCCGAGUAUCUGCCGCCACAGGGCGAGAAUGAGGUGACUCCACCGCAGCCACAGCCCACGGCGCCAGUUCCGGAUUAUAACCCACCACCCGGCCCUACCUAUCAGCCACGCCCACCUGCACCCCCAGCACCGCCAGCGCCCACUUAUCAGCCACGCCCACCAGCACCACCUGCACCACCAGCGCCCACUUAUCAACCACGUCCUCCAGCACCGCCAGCACCUCCUGCACCCACCUAUCAGCCACGACCUCCUGCACCCCCAGCACCACCCACUCAGGAGUACGGCCCACCGCCCACUAGCGCUGGGCAGGAGGAGGAUGCGGGCGCCCUGGGACCCGAUGGCUACAACUACAACAAGCCAGCCAAGCCGUUCACCUUCUAGGCCUCCAAGUUCUCAACUUUAAAUAUAAAUCUGUACGCGUACUCGUAAAAUUAGACACUGCCCCUCCCAAACCCCACCCCCCAAACCGAUGGCAAAACAA